AAAAUAAUGGAAACAUCUUUUCGCUUAUUUGGUCAUUAAUUUGUCUCCUUCUCCACUCUCUUCCAAUCCUUUCGCAUAUUCGUCCCCAUCAUAUUCAUUCAUUCAUUCAUUCUCACAUCUGUUAACCCCACACAACAAUUUAUUAUCACACAUUCUCAAACUUCCACUCAUUAUUAUUAUUUCAUUUCUCUCACACUAUAUAAUUAUAUACUACUACUAUCUUCCUCCACAUUUGUCUCUGCUGAGAUCUACUCUUCUCGCACCCAUCAUCUCAUCUCCAAUAUCCUCUUUCUCCCAUUAUUAAUUACAUCAUCAUCUUAAUUUAAAAAUAAUAUGGGUUCCGAAGUUUUGGAAGAAUGCCGGCCAAUUAUUCCAAUGCCAACUAUUUCUAUUCAGAGGAAUAUUUCAAAUCUGAACGAGGUAAAGUCGUUGCCUAGUACUGAUCAUGAUCAUAAUAAUCCAAAACAGCAAGGUGAUGAGCUUUUGUGUUUGGAAGGCGGUGGAGAAGAAGAAUGUCGGACGCCGCCGAGGUCGGUGGACCAGCACAUGCUGAUGGUGUGCCCGCCGCCGCCUAGGAAAGCUCGGCCGCCAAGGAGAAAGUUGAGGCCGCGUAGUUCUUCACAACGGGUUCUUAAGGUUCCAGAAGACCUUACGUCAGUGUUUAUGUUGCUAACUAAUCCUUCCAAGAAGAUCAGAACAAAUGAAUGAGCUACUUCUCCUAAAAAGCCAAUUGAUUUUGAGAUGGAACCCCAUUCACUAUAUUCCCAAAUUCUAACAUGGUAUCAAAGCCCGUUGUGAGUCCAAAGUGCCACUCGUCCAAAAAAAUCGUUUGUGAUCCGUUGUGAGCCAAAGUGCUGCGGUUCAAAAAAAGAUACUUUCCCUGUCUCCCUUUAACCUUCAUUUGGGAUCUUUUGACCAAUGUGUGCCAAUUUCCAGUAUUGAGUCUUUGACCUGUUUCAAAAUCUAUAAAUUUGGCGACGUGUACAUCCACAAAUUUUCCGAUAUUUGGCCUUGUGAGAUUCUUUCAAAUGUCAAGUUCAGUCCUGUGGUCUCUUAAAGGUUGUCCGUUAUACCAUACACUUUCUAAGCCCGAACGUGAGGAGGCUGUAUUAGAGUUAGUCUCACAUUGCUAAUCUGUGGAAAUAAAUUAUCACAAGAUGAAUAAAAUACUCCUCUCAUUGACAAUUAA